GCCCACACGUCAUUGGCGGGGCGGAGUCGUCGCUGCUGUUAUGGCGUCUUGGGCGCUGUUGGCGAAGGAUCAGCCACUGCAGUGCCAAUAGAGAGCGAAGAAGCCGGACGGCCGGCGGGCCGGGCAUGGAGAGCCUGGCGCAGCCCCCGCCGCCCCCGGCCUCGCUGAAGAGGGGCGGCGGGGGCGCUGCCAGCCACCUUCUCCUGGAAGACGCAGAGGCAGGCGAGGGCAGCUGCAGGGACGGGCCCGCGGCAGCUGAGGAGGGCGGCGGGCGGUGCAGCCCUUCCCCUCAGCCGGCCCCUGCUCCAGCCACUGCGCCCGCGACGGCCCCUCGGACGGCGUCUCCCUCACGGGCCGCGGAGGGCGAUCUGCCGACGCCGGACGGUGCAGCGCUGGUGGUGCCGGAUAGCCCCAGAGCGGCGCCUCCUCCGGAGAGCGGUCCCGCGGGGGCCGGCUCCGGGAGCAGCGAGGCUCCCAGCCCCCCGGGGGAGGAGUCCCGGAGCCUGGACUCGCUGGAGUCUUUCUCCAACCUGCACUCCUGCUGCCCGAGCAGCUCCGAGCUCAACAGCGAUGUCGAGGAGGCGGUGGUGGCGGGGGCCUCCUCGGGGGGCCCGGACCCGGAGCCUGAAGGGGAUAGGCCCGCGGCGGGCUCCCAGCUCCUCUCCGCCUCUAAGGAGCGCUUUCCCGGGCAGUCGGUCUAUCACAUCAAGUGGGUCCGCUGGAAGGAGGAGAACACGCCUGUCAUCACUCAGAACGAGAACGGACCCUGCCCGUUGCUGGCUAUCAUGAACGUGCUGCUCCUGGCUUGGAAGAUUAAGCUGCCACCAAUGAUGGAAAUUAUAACGGCUGAACAGCUGAUGGAAUACUUAGGAGAUUAUAUUCUUGAUGCAAAACCUAAAGAGAUAUCUGAAAUCCAGCGUCUAAAUUAUGAGCAGAACAUGAGUGAUGCAAUGGCAAUUCUACAUAAGUUACAGACGGGUCUGGAUGUCAAUGUGAAGUUUACAGGCGUACGAGUAUUUGAAUACACUCCUGAAUGUAUAGUGUUUGAUCUUCUUGAUAUCCCCUUGUACCAUGGAUGGUUGGUGGACCCUCAGGUUGCUGAUAUAGUAAAGGCAGUUGGUAACUGCAGUUACAAUCAGCUAGUAGAGAAGAUAAUUUCUUGUAAACAAUCAGACAACAGUGAACUGGUUAGUGAAGGAUUUGUAGCUGAGCAAUUUUUAAAUAACACAGCUACACAGUUGACAUACCAUGGACUGUGUGAGUUGACUUCAGCUGUCCAGGAGGGAGAACUUUGUGUGUUCUUCAGGAACAACCAUUUUAGCACCAUGACCAAAUACAAGGGUCAGCUUUACUUGCUGGUGACAGACCAGGGCUUUCUUACAGAAGAGAAAGUUGUUUGGGAAAGCUUGCACAAUGUGGAUGGAGAUGGCAAUUUCUGUGACUCUGAAUUCCACCUACGGCCUCCAUCAGACCCUGAAACUGUCUACAGAGGGCAGCAGGAUCAAAUAGAUCAAGAUUAUCUGAUGGCAUUGUCUCUACAACAAGAGCAGCAAAAUCAAGAGAUUAACUGGGAACAGAUCCCAGAAGGAAUCAGUGAUCUAGAGCUAGCCAAGAAGCUCCAGGAAGAGGAGGAUAGGAGAGCUUCUCAAUACUAUCAGGAACAAGAGCAAGCAGCAGCUCAGGUCCAGCAGGUGCAAGGUGCUGCUUCUCCAGCAACCGGAAGACAAUCUGGGAGUAACGAACGCAAACGGAAAGAGCCUCGAGAGAAAGACAGAGAAAAAGAGAAGAAUAACUGUGUUCUCUUGUAAUGGAAAAUGGAUUUGAUCCGGAGCCAAGUGCAUGUCCUCGGAAGCAAAAACAAGGAACAAAAAGGAAGACAAACCUGUUACAUGCCGCCUGUGCCUGAAUACCCCAUGGAUUUUGUUCACGUUUCAAGAGGAUGGGUGACUUUGUUACAAUCAUACAGACUUUCUUCAAAGUCAUAGUGCGUGCUGCUCAAGAUGGAAUUCCAAAUCACAGUUGGAUGUGGCUGUGCUUUGAGUUAGUCAUAAGAAGUACUGCACCUUGUAGCUGAACACACAAAUCAUGGCAAGUUUUGUGUCAUAGUGACAUUCAUUACUCAUUACAUCAGUUAGUAAGCUAUUUUAUCUUCUAUUCUAAACCAAGGAGGUAAUUAAUUUUGUGUAAGACUUUCCUCGAGUCUGUACACUAGCACAACAGAGUUCUGUGUUACUUACAUGGUAUGAAGCUAUAUCUUAAUGCUGGGUAUAGUCUUCAUGACACAAGAGCCCAAAUAACAGCUGGGCACUGCCUCUUCAGUGUGUCCAGAUUUCUUUGCUUCUGGAUCUGGUAUGUUCGGUUUUUUGAACCCAGAUUUAUACUGUGUUACUGCUACCAUUGCACCUCCUGGCCAGCUUUCUUGCCCCAAGAACAUGUGACUUGAUAAGUGUCAUACAAACAAUGGUCAUGGAAAAUGGGGCAUUUAUUAAUAAGCAAGAUGAAUAUUGUUUGCUUUUCUUGCAAUUACAAACUGGGUAUGGCAACUCAGAUGUUAUCAGGGUUAAACAAGUAAUUUUUUUAGGUAACUUGUCUUUCUUUUAGUAUUUUUUCUCUUGUAGGUAAACUGGACCAGAAAAGUUCUUAUUUAUUGACCUCUCCGUAUGAUAGCUGAAUGAUGAGAGGAAACUAAGGUUUAUAAUAAUCAUUAGACUAUGUAAGAAUGCAGAGGUAAAAUAACUAACUAUCUGCCUUUUUUCCAGAAGUACCUUGAACUUUAACUUGACGUUAACACGUCCACUUGUAUAUUUGAGCAAGUGGACUGUAGUUAAAAACACACUUUUUUGUUUGUUUUUAAGUCAUGUAUCCGUACAAAGCACACUUCUGAAGAGUGAGAGAAGCGAGGCUGCUUGCUGAGCUUGUUUGGAAAGGUGGUCAGGUGUAACAUUUUGUUUUUUAAAUCACUAAUUUAGAAUUUUUGGAAACCAGAUUUUUCUAAUUUAUGGGAACCAAAUAAACAUGUUGUGUCUUGUAGUAUUUAUAGAAUACAGAAACAGAAUCCUUGCUGAAUUUUGAGGGAACCACAGAUCUUCCUCCUCUUCCAUUAAGUCAAUAACAAUUACCUUCUUGCUGAACCUUUUUGAUAAAAAUUUCUAUUUAGCAAUUUGUAGAUACUUUUGAAAAAGGCUGCUUCUCCUGGGCAAGUUCUGUGUUCAUGCUCUAAGCCUGCGUAAGUGCAUUAGUAUACGAGAGUCUGGGAAAGCCAAGGCAGCUGGGGGAACGUGACAUUCCUGGUUUCAGGUGUUGGGAGAAUGUCUGUGAGAGAGAGGGUGUCUAAACACAAGUCCGUUGGUAAAAAGCUGCUGUAAAAUAAUUUCAGGCAGACUUGCUGCAGUGAUGGGAACCAGUCAGCACAGAAAUCUGAUUCGAAUGAAAAUUAGAGGGAUAAAGGAAGAAUGUCUUAAUAACUAAAGGGCCAGUUUGUAUCACUUUUUUCCUUCCAUGUCCUUUUCUGUUCUAAUUUUUGUUUCCACUUUUGUUACAAUUUCCCGUUUAUAAUAAUGAAGUAGUGAAUGGUAGGGGGUCUCUAAUACAUCAGCUAAAUAGAAAAAUUUCUCUAUUCUCUAGAAAAGUCAUGCCCAGAAAAAGAAUUUUCAUACUUGAAGUAUGCAGUUCAGAUCAUUUUCUAUGUCAAAGCAAAGGCUGAGUUCUUUUUUCCUUUGCAGCAACCUAACUUCUUCAAACAAAUUAUUGUGAUGGAGGAUCACCAACAUAACGACUCACCUACUUUAAGCAGACUAGAAAAUAUUCCAGUAGUGUCAGUAAUGAAGACUUUAAGCCAGAAUGUUGUUUAAAAACAUUCUGUUACUAAGAUUUUAUCCAAAUUUGUGUAUUUACAUUUAUUUAUUGACCUUGAAAAAUAAAUAUGUCAAGCAAA